AAUACUCCGUAACCAUGCCAACCAAGAAGAGCUCCUCCGUGAGAAUGGAGGAGGUCCUGGAAGAGGCCAUUAACACGACGGGGGGGCCCAAGGGCGCAUCGACCAUCGCCAUAAAGAAGUACAUCGCGGCCCACUACCCGCACCUGGACAUCGAGAACAGGACCUACCUGCUGAAACAGGCUGUGAAGAGGGGCGUGUCUAAAGGCCAGCUCAAGCAGAUGUCAGGGACUGGCUUCACAGGAUUCUACAAGCUGGUUGGUGGGAAAAAGGAACCCAGCCUGACCAAACGACAGAAGGACGCUGCCAAGACGGCAGCUAAGAAGGUCGUCAGCAAGCACAGGGCUGUCGUCAAGAAGGUCUCGAAGCCGCCGCCCGCCUUCUACCGGGAUCCGGACGAGAAACCGACAACUAUUGAUCUGUUGGAGGAGGCCAUCGCGAUGGUUGGGGGUCCAAAAGGAGCCUCAGCCCAGGCAAUCAAAAAGUACCUGGCAGAGAACUACCCAGACACCAAGAAACACCUCGUUAAACAGGCACUGGUACGGGCGCAGAAGAAAGACCUGGUCAAGCAGCUGUCGGGCACCGGUGCAUCGGGCACCUUCAAGUGGAUAGGCCCCAAACGAAAGCCAAAAGAGCGGGAGGAGGCUCCCAGGAGCCCCAAGAAGACGGUGGCUGCCAAGAAGAUGGCGGUUCCUGACCCACCCAAGAUGGAGAUUAUCAUCAGAGAUGCCAUGGUGGAGUACUGUGAGCCUAAGGAGGCUUCGCCCCAGGCUAUCAAGAAGUACCUGAGUGAACAUUACCCUCACCUGGAGAUCGAGACUCGCAGUUACCUGCUAAAGAGGGCUCUACAGAAAGGGGUGGAGAAUGGGCAACUGAUACAGCUGUCAGGAAAAGGCAUGAGUGGGACUUUCCGAUUGGUGGAGAGUUACAAGCCUAAGAAGCCCAUGGAGACAAUGAUUGGGGUGGCCAUCAAGGCAGCCAAUGAGCCGAAGGAGGCUUCCGUUGGCAUGAUAAAGAAGUAUAUCCAAGAGCACUACCCGACCCUGGACAUAGAGAACCACAUGUUCAAGCUGAAGUAUAAACUUGUCUCUUCUCUUCUCUUCUCCCAGGUUGGCAUGAUAAAGAAGUAUAUCCGCGAGCACUACCCGACCCUGGACAUAGAGAACCACAUGUUCAAGUUGAAGCGAGGUCUGGAGAAGGGAGUUAAGAAUGGAGAACUGGAGCAAAUCACAGGCAAAGGGGCCUCCGGUACAUACCAGCUGACUGAGCCGUUUAUUCCCUCCCCUGAAGACUUGGAACUGAUCGAAUAUGUCCCACCGAUGGAGGUUCUUCUCAGAUCUGCAUUCCACAGAGGCUCAAAGGCUCAAGUUCAGAAGCCAAAAGUUGCUGAGGUGAAGGUCAAGAAGGCUAGAGGUCGUCCCAAGGGUCGUCCUGUGAAGAAGCCCAAACCCAAGGCAGCCGGCAGAGGUCGGGGGAAGGGCAAGAAGGGAAGGGGGAGGCCUAAGAAGGUGGAUAAGACAGAGCCUAAGGAGACUGAAGACGAACCCAAGGAAUCUGCGUCCUCAGAAGAAGAAACAGCCAAGGAGUCUGCAUCCGAAGAAGAACCCAAGGAGUCAGCCUCCUCUGAGGAAGACGCUCAGUAGGUCGUUUCAAGAUGGCCGACUCUUUAACUGUUCCUUGAUGUGCAACACUUAAACCAAUCAGGUGGCAGAUUGGUCACUCUCUGUGACCUGAUUGGUCCAUUUUGUACAAGACUAGCCAAUCAGGUAACAGAUUGGUUACUCACUGUGACAUGAUUGGUCCAUUUGUGAUUUUCCCAUGGUGCAGUCUGCUAUAACAAAAUGUUGGUCCUCUUGAUCUGGAAGUAAGUUUUUUAAGAUGGUGAUGUUUUUGGAAAAGCGAAUAAGAAGAUGAUUCAAAUUCCUCUGACAAAAAUACAAAAUAAUGAAAAGGCUUGCUUUUAUGACCAGUAUUAAAAAAAUGGUCCCUAGCAUCCUUUGUUGCUCUAUUAUCAGUGACAAUUUAUAUUUAGAGAGCAUAAUAGUUUUGCCUUAUUUAGUAUGUUUUUGCCAUAUUAUCGUAUACUUGACAUCAUGACAUACUUCUCAAUUGUGAGAAUUUUGUUUAUUUUAGUUUAAUUAUAACGUUAACUUUAUAAAAGUAGUGAAUAGGAAAUCAAUGAAAAAGUGCAAAGUGUAAAAAACACAUCUAUAUGAGUUAUCGCGAUAAUGUCGCAGUGACACAGUGGUAGGCAAAAAGCAGGUUUUGGGCAAAAGAUUGGUUUACGUAUUGAUCAGUAAUUUGAUCUGCUUAUUUAAAUACUAAUUUUUGAUCCAAUCUACUGACGUCCUGGUAGGCACCAACCGUCGAAUUCCCCGGAUAAAAGCAACAACAGCGAUCGCUCGUAUGAAAUAGCUACUUAACUGUUAGCUAUAGACUGUACAACUGAUCGUAGUGUUUGUAUGUGCAAUUUAAGAACUUAUAUUUAUGUUAUAGAUUCAUUUACAUACAUAAAAACUAACCUACUAUUAUAUAGAUGAUAAGCCAGUGCAAUGUUCCAACUGCACAUGCACAAUGAGAUGUAUUGUGGGUAAUAAUGUCAAAGGUCAAGUCUCAUAAGUUAAAGCGGUUUAUGUCUAGAUCAUGCUUGAUACAUGUCAUUACAUGUUUGGACCAACUAAGAAAUAUUACCACCAAUGCAUGAGCAUUUUUAAGUUGAACUGGCUUACUAUAACAGAUAAAGGUUGAGAACACACUAGGUAUAGACUGUAUCAUAUAAUCAUGUGUUCAACACAGUGAAAACCUAAAACCACUAUGAGUAGAUUUAUAAUGCUAUGUUUUUAUUUAGUCACAAGAGACUUAAGAAUAUCAUGAUUAUAUUCAAGUAGAAACGUAACCGUUUUGGAAAAUUCUUCACUGUUUCCAAAACUGAUAAAGAUUAUAUGGGGAUAUAUAGUUUGUAGUACUCUGAGUUAGAGUAGUGUUUGGAUUUAUUGUUUAGACAACAAGUAGUAACCAUCAAAAGGCAGUGAAGUUUAAGAAAUAUCAGAUAUGUUUUGGAUAAGUUAGCAAAGAUUUCAUGGCAAUUUUGAAGCGUAACUAGUUGUAGCGUCACUGCACAUGUAUGUACUGUUUAGGACAUUGGCACUACGUAGUUGUUAGAGAAGUUAUAGUUUUGUAUAUGCACUCAUGGUCAGUAUUGUUAAUCAACUGUUAGUUCAACUGAUCUGUGCCUAGUUGUAUCGUGCCAUACAUGUUACUAGCCCAGCCAUACACACUACUUUUGUACAAUGGUCAUAGGCAUGGUACAAGUGUUAGAAAGAAAUUAAUUUUUAAAGGGGUAUACCUUUUACUUACAAGCGCUUUUGGUAUCUAACAUUAUUGUAUAGUUGCAAUAGAAAACCCAAGCCUUAUAUGUUAUUUUUUGUACCAUAGUCAUGGUACUAGUAGUGUUAGGAAGAAAUUAUUUUUAAAAAGGGGAUAUACAUAUACCCUUUACUUACUAGCACUUCUAGAGAGUCAUUUCUGGUAUCUAACGUUGUCCAACAGUUGCAAUAGAGAGCCUUAAGAAGGCAUUGCCAAUAUGUAACCCAGUAGACUGCAAUUGUUAUAAUCAAUUAGUAUUGCCUGUGCAGUUCGUACUUGUAUUGCAAUACAGAACAAGCAUUUGUAACAAUUAUGGACAUUCAGUUACCUUUUAUUUUAAUGUGGUUGCAAUAUAAGAUUAUUAGUUGCUUUUGACAUGGCCAGUGGAAGGUUGACUGUACUAUUGUAAUAAACAACCCAUGUUCGUAUC